AUGCGAUAUGUGAUGCUAAGAAUGCCAAACUCAAGGCAAGAAUUAAGGAAGUCUCUUCCAAUAUCUUUUGAAGAGAAAAGGUCUCAAGUUCUCGACUCGAUUAUUCAACCAUGCAAUAGCAUAUCAUCAGAAGUAUCAGCUAAUUCAGAUAGCGAAGAAGUACCUCCAGAAGAAAAAAUAUGUAGUGAACAGGAUUCAAAGUGCAAGAAGGGAAAGAGUGUGAAUAAGCUUAAGCAAGAAUUAUUUGCUUCAGAGUUGUCUACACAAGAUUCAUCAAUAGAACAAAAUCAGCUAAAAGGCAUGGUGCAUGUGACCAAAAUUUCUAAGACAUUAUAUCCUGGAAAACUUAUCUCUGAUAACAAAUCUA